CAUCUCUGUCCAUUCUAGGGUUUCAUUCUUCAUAGCGAACCGGACAGCAGCCCCAGAAACACACCGGCAGCCAAGAUGGGUCGUAUGCACAGUCGAGGUAAGGGUAUUUCUGCUUCAGCACUCCCAUACAAGAGGACUCCACCAAGUUGGCUCAAAAUAUCUGCACCAGAUGUUGAAGAUAACAUCUGCAAGUUUGCCAAAAAAGGUUUAACACCCUCUCAAAUUGGUGUUAUUCUUCGUGAUUCCCAUGGCAUUGCUCAGGUGAAGAGUGUAACUGGUAGCAAGAUUCUCAGAAUUUUGAAGGCUCAUGGACUUGCUCCUGAGAUUCCCGAGGAUCUCUACCACCUUAUCAAAAAAGCAGUUGCAAUUCGGAAGCACCUUGAGAGAAACAGGAAAGACAAGGAUUCCAAGUUUAGGUUGAUUCUUGUUGAGAGCAGGAUUCACCGACUUGCUCGCUACUACAAGAAAACAAAAAAGCUUCCACCAGUCUGGAAGUAUGAAUCUACCACUGCCAGUACUCUUGUGGCAUGAGAGAAGACAACGGGAGCAUUCAGAGUGCUACUUUCUUCGCCAAGUCAUAUCUUAGAAAUUCUAUAUUAAGCUGUUUUGGCAUGUCCAGGAUACUUGAAAUCGUAAACAAAAUUAUGUACUCGAGGAGAUGAUAGGGCCUCCAUUUAGUUUCUUGUUUGAGAUUUUGACAUUGAGACUUUGUUAUCUGAGGUAUACUUCUUUUGGUUUA